AUGGCGUCAAAUGGAGAUUUAGAUAGCUGGAACCCUAUGAAGGAUGACCAUCUGAACGAAGAGUUUAAUAAAUAUGACAGAGGACAUGGUAAAGACAUGCCAAAGAGAGGCCCAGAUCGCUAUGGUGGUGUGUCCCUUUAUGUCACUGGAAUUCCAGAUGAAAUGACGGAAGAAGGGCUGGUAAAUUUGUUUAGUAAGGCUGGCACAUGUGUGGAGGCUAAGAAAAUGAAGUCCAAAAUGGAGGGGACUGGGAAUACGUAUGGGUUUGUCAAGAUGGCGACAGUCAAUGAGUGUGAGAAAGCCAUUCGCAAAUAUCAUGAAUUUCCCAUCGGAGACUGCAAGUUACGAGUGAAGUUCUCUAAAACAGACGAGGAUCGAAAUCGACAACAAAAGCAGAAACAGGAGGAAGAAGAGUUCCUGAGUUCUUUGAGCAGCAACAGGAAGUCUUAUUCACGCAGUAAAGCCAGCUCGGGAUCGGAGUCAGAUGGCAGCGCUCAUUUCAUGAGCAGGUCAGGGGAGAAAAUCAUGUUUGGAAAGAACAAAGUAAACGAAAGCCCACCAACCUUGCAAGAAGCUCCAGUGAAGAAACCAGCAGGAGAUGGGCGGCCGGGAUUAUUAGGGGAUUACCCAGGUGCCUUGAGUCAGGUGUCCCCCAUGUCUUGUGCAAGGUCAGAUGUCUCCACCCCCAUUGAUCCCUCUCUUUUUCAUUCUCCAGGAAGCAGCCACCUGGACAUGAAAUUUCAGUCCAUGGGGCGGAGGCAGGCCACAAACCCCAGUCAGAAUGGUGUCGAGUUCCAAUGCAGUGCUCCUCAGGAUUUCUACGAGCAAAAUCAGCAUCCUGGAUAUGUUGGGGAACCAAACGCAGGCAUGCGGAUAGUGUCUGAUGGAGAAUAUAGACACGUUCAGCAGGGAAUGGGAAGGGAUAACAUGAGAGGCUCCCCAAGGGGACAUUUUAGGGGAAGGGGUAAUAUGGGAUAUAAUAUGGGAAGGGGAAAUUAUAAUAAAUAUUCUGAUAACUUUCCCAUGUAUGGCAACAGAGGUAGGGGAAUGAUGGGGCCCCGAGGUAGAGGUAUGAAUUAUAAUAGAAUGGGGCCAUGGGGAUACACAGAUAAUCUACAAGGAAAUUAUCAAGGAGGAUAUAGACACCAGGAGCCUUUUUACCAUGGACACAAUGUGGGUCCCUCUUACAACAUGAGGGCAUUCCGAGGGGGAAGAGGGCGCCCAAACAGAGGCAGAGGUCAGUUUACGCCCAAACCAGAGAAGAGGAUCAUGGAUCGUCCUUGUGCCAACUGCAAGAAAAUAGGUGGAUUCCAGUGCAGUCGCUGUAAGACGCCGUACUGCUCUCAACAGUGUCAGGCUGACCAUUGGCCAGAACACAGCCAGAACUGUAAAGACAUCAAGGAGCAGCUUGCUGAGGAUGAAGUUGCCAGUCAGUUUGAGGUAACGAUUGGAGAAGACUCUGUAGUAGAGGAAAUGAAAUCAUAUGCCAAAAGUAUUAUUCAGGAACAGUAUGGCUCUGUAAGUGGUUGUGCAAAAUCACCACAGUCUAGUCAACAGAUCACACCAAAUCGGCAGAGAGCAAGUCAGCCGUCGCCAAAACAAAGCAGUUCCUUUUCAUCCAUCAGGGAGCUGAAACAGGAGUCUAGUCAACAGGUCACACCAAACAGAGCAAGUCGGAGUCAGCCAUCCCCCAAACAGAGUGAUUCUUUGUAUGGCAGGGAGCCCAAACAGCAGUCGGGUGUAACCCCAGUCCAGAAUGCCAGCACUCCAUCACCACAUGUACUUCCUCAAGAUGGUAAGGCCAAGUUCUGGAGGAGAAAAUUAAUGAAGGGUUAUUUUUCAGGGCAAAGAAAGUCUGCACCAUCACCUUCUAACAGAAUUGUUAUAAACAGUCUAGAUACUGGCGAGGAAUAUGAACUGAUUGUGGAGAGUGUGGAGGACCCCAGUAGAAUUGUUGUCCAGAUCUUGAAUUCUGAGGACCUGCAGAAAUUGGCAGAGCUGAAUGCUGAAAUGAAAAAGGUGCUUGACAAGGACAAUCGUACUGUAUCUGACCCUGCAGUGGGGGAGUUCUAUGCUGGUCAGUUUACAGACGGAAGCUGGUACCGCUGUCGAGUGGACACCCAUGAUCCUGACCAUCAAGUCACUGUGACUUAUGUAGACUAUGGCAACAGGGAGACAAUAACGUACAACAAACUGAGGAAUCUUCAGCCACAGUGGUGUACACUGCCCGGACAGGCAAUAGUGUGCACUUUGGAUGGAGUAGUUCCUCAUAUGGACUCCAAAUUUUGGAGCCAGCAGGCAGUAGACAAAACUAAAGAACUGCUGCCACCCACCAUGGAAUGUGGGAGGAUGUACAAGGUGACCUGUACUGGAAAAGAUGAAGAUCUGAUCUUGAUUAAAGUGCUGGAUGCCAAUGGACAAGAUGUCAGCGAGACCCUUAUAAACUCCGGCCUAGCAUCCAAAAAAAGCCAGAACAAACAGUCUUCAGGGCCACAGUUUAUAUGUAUUGAUGCCAAAGAAAUAGAAGAUAAAAUGGAAGACUGGAUCAGUGGCCAGAAAUACGACGUGUUAAUAGCUGAGAGGGACAGCCCACUAGACUUUUACGUCCAAAAAGUAGAGGAUCUUGAAAAAUCCAUGACUCCAUACUGCGCCAAAGUCAAUGAGGAAUGUAUGGCUAUACAGACAGAUCACUAUCACCCUAAAGGAGUUGGGGAGCUGGUGUAUGGCCUAUAUGACAGCAAUUGGUACCGAGCUGAAGUCCUCAGCCUGUCCAACCAGCAGGCAAAGAUUUAUUUCAUUGAUUUUGGAAACACUGAACUGGUUCCUUUCAGUGAUCUCAAGCAGGCCACCAGUCUCUGCAAGGAGAGGCCACCUUUCUGUGUUCACUGCCAACUGGUAGAGAUGGACCCAGAAGGAGCAGCAAGAGCGAACGAGUUAUUUAAUGAACUUACACACAAAAAUGAUCCCAAAGUGCUCACUAUGAUUUACAAGGGCAGAAGAAGAGAUAAAGCAAUUGUGGAUUUCUUAACUGAUCAGGAGGAACUUGUGUCUGUGGCAAUUUCAAGGUUUUUAGUACAGGCUAUGGUAUCUGCUCCUGUAAUGGCAGAAGGUAUAAAGUCUUCAACCUUGCCAGGAGAUGGGACCCCAGUUACCUGUGUCAUAAUGUACAUCACAUCUCUCUUUUCAUUUUAUGUCCAGUCUGCCAGCAACAACAUUGAAAGAAUUAUGAGUGAAAUAGCAGAGAUCUGCUCCAGGAAUUCUGUGCCAUAUACACCAAAGGUUGGAGAAAUGGUAUUUGGGAAGUUCUCUGACGAUGGGCGCUGGUACAGGGCUAAAGUGUUGGGAAUAUCUGGUGAUGAGGUUGUUUUAUUGUAUACAGAUUUUGGCAAUGUGGAAACAGUGACCAAAAAUGCCGUGAGAAGAUUUCAUCCAGCCUUGGUCAAUUACCCACACCAAAGCAUUCAUUGCAAGUUAGCAUCAGUGACCAAGUCAAUGGAAACUCCAGAAGUGCUUCAGACAUUUGGUAGCUUGUACAACUGUAAAGUACAGGUGAAACUGAGAGGUCCAAUUAAUGUGGACCCAUUAGAAGUAGAUAUUCUGCUGGAGGAUGGUAGUAAUGUUAACGAAACAAUUGUAAAUAUGUUUUCCUCACAAGCAAGCCCAGCAGUGACCAGUUCUAGUCCUAAAGCAAAAAAGACAGUAUUGUACACCAAGAUCCACUUCGAGGAGGCUCCUAUUCCUGUGGAUGGAACCCAGGUCGAAUGUACAAUGACAGAAUUUAAUAGUUUUGAUUCAUUUUAUUUACAAAUCAAUGAAGUCCAGGCACUUGAAAACUUGAUGACAGAACUGCAAAAUUUGAGUAAAGAACCAACACCAUAUCAACCUGAAGUUGGUGAAGAUGUUUGUGCAUUGUUUUCUGUAGACAGUAAAUGGUACAGAGCACGAGUAGUAGAGAAGAUGGAACAGGAUUCCUACAUUGUAUUAUUUGUAGACUAUGGAAAUAAGGAACAAGUCACAUCCAAUGAAGUCCGGAAAUUAAAAUCGGAAUACGUACAGCUGCCAUGCCUAGCAGUUCACUGCAGACUAGCAGUCCGGACACCUCUGUCAGAUGACCUUAAAUCAAAGUUUGCUGAACUUACAGUGUCCAAAAUUCUUUACUUUCAAGCCUUGUCUGAAAACAAUAAACUGUAUGACAUAAAAUUGUACACCCAAGAUGGCUCCUGUGUAAAUGACGUCCUUGUAGGUAAUUCUUCAAGCAGAAAGUCGGCAGUGGUAGAGGCUCCCCAUAGCAGACCAAGAAUUCCUGAAUUUGACAUGCCAGUGGAUGGAGGAAAACUCCCUUUUCUUGUCACACAUGUUAACAGUGUCAAUUCCUUCUAUGCCCAUUACUAUACAGAAGAGAGUUGUGAAAAGUUCAACAGUUUACUCCAAAAAAUUGACACCUACUGUGCAGGCAUCACAGAGCCUUAUCUUCCUGUAGUAGGAGAGCAUGUAUGCUGCCAGUUUUCUGAGACUGGUCAGUGGUUAAGAGCUGAAGUACUACACAUUGAGGACUCCUCCUAUAAUGUGCAGUUUGUCGACUAUGGAAAUGUCUGCACUGUUCAAAAGGAUCAGAUCCGCAAGGCCGAUGACUCUUUUCUAUACUUGCCAAAACAAGCCAUUCACUGUAAAUUGACAAGCAUCGAUAACCAGAGCUCUCCAUUGAUUCUAGAAAAAUUUGAUGCGGCUGUAAAAAAUACACUGAGUUACAUCAAGGCUCUUGGAAAGGAGAGAAGUGUUUAUGAGGUACAUAUUACUACUGAUCAAGAGGACGUUGUAGAACAGCUGAAAAAGUUAUCGACCUCAUUCGUUCCUCGGAUCUUGCCAGUUGGUAGCACAAAAGAACCCUGUAUCUUUCAGGAAGUGGACAGUCUCCACUCUUUUUACUUGUUAUUAGUAGGUCAAUCUUACAGGGAAGAGUUAUCUGUUCUUGAAGAAAAAUUGAAAAACUUUGGCGAGAAAUCUUCCUCACCCUACCAGCCUGUAAAAGAUGAAAUUGUUCUAGCCAAAUUUUCAGAAGAUGGAAAAUGGUACAGAGCCAAAGUUUUGGAGGUCUUAGGUGAAUCCGCCUUCAAAGUGUACUUCAUUGAUUAUGGAAAUGUGGACUUGAACACCCCGGUGGACAUUAGACAAAUUGACCCGUCCCUCUUGUCUGUGCCAAAUUUUACUAUUCAUUGUAAGCUCGCGGACAUUGGCGAAAAGGAAUCGGAGCAGGCAUUGCAUCAGUUUAUUAACCUUGUCGCAAACAACCUCUUGCAUUUACAGGUUGUCAGGGUAGAAGGUGAGCUUCAUGAGAUAAUCCUCUUCACUGACGGAGGUGAAAAUGUCAAUGAGCAUGUACGUCAGUCGAUAGCCCUGUCUGAGCUCUCUGCUGGAUCACCACAGGCUUCCAAAGGUGCUACAGCAGCAGGUAAUUCCCCUGGAAUGACAGCAUCAGGAAGUCCUUCAGGGGAUGGAAACAGAGGGGGUUCCCCAGGGGCAGGGAAAAGUGUGAACAUUCGCCUCAGUGACAUGUCCAAGGUUGAACCUCAGAGUGAAGAAUUUCAGGUGAUCAUUACCUCCAUUGAUUCUCCUGAAGAGUUCUUCUGUCAAAUUGCUGAUGAAGAAGCUGUGGGUAAACUGGCUGCCAUGAUGCAGGCAGUGAUGAUAUAUUGUGAGACAGAGCCACAUGAUCCAAACCAUAAGUACAUCGUGGGGGACAUGUGCUGUGCUUUCUACAGCCUAUGUGAAUCUGAUGGGGGAUGGUAUAGGAGUGUUAUAACAGAAACGUUUCCUAAUGGAACCUACAGCCUACAAUAUGUGGACUUUGGAAAUAGAGCCAUACUACCUGCCAACCAGCUACGUCCAAUGAAACCAGACUUUAUGGAACCUCCCAUUCUGGCUUUUAAAUGCUCACUGCAUGGUAUUUCAGCCCCAGAGGGACUGUGGUCUAACAGUGCUAGUGAAAAACUAAACCAGUUUGUAGACCAUGCUUUAUAUGCUCGUCUAAAGGAUCGUAGUGGGGACACCUUUGUUCUGUGGCUAAUUAGGCCGGGACAGGACGACUACAGUGAGGAUAUUGAUGUAGCAGAAUACUUGGUAUCCUGUGGUGUAGCACAAUCCAAGUCCAGUGAAGAUGAUCAAGCAGCAGCCAUUCAGCAACAGAUUGCCGCCCUCCAAGCUCAGUUAAAGAAACUCGCCCCAAAGAAGUAAGGACGGGGACAGUAGCAUGUUUUAUAUUUGCUUAAACAACUUAAUCUUUUUCUUCUUUUUUUUUUUUUUUAAAGAAAAAUUAAGUAUGAAGAUUCUGAUAUUCAAAAUGACAUUAACAAUUACUAUAAAAGUUCUGAAUUAAGCAGAACUUGUAUGUCAAAGUUGUUCUGUGACUUACCUUUAUUGGAUAAUUAAGAAAUAAAGCCCAUAGAAGGCCUAGACAAACUUAUAAUAGAACAUUAUGCCUUGUACAUAUUGAAAUAUAAACAGGUACAAGCCAAUGUAUGACCUACCAUUUUAAAGUUUGCAAUAUACAGAGGUCUACUUCUUGUUCAGAGGGUUUCCAAGAGAAAGGUCACGUUGAGUUUGGUUUCUUGUGUAUCACUUUUUGUUUGAUGUACUUAAUAGAAACCCAUUGAUUUUCAUUGUGUUGUCUAGAAAAAUAACUACUGAUUAGUUAUUUUCAGCUUUAUACAUGUAAUUAUGUAAAUAUGCAUUUUGUUCAUGAUUUUCUGAACCAAUGUUCAGUAUAUUACAAUUUAUGAUCAAUUGGUAACAAAUUGGAGAAGAGUUUGUUUUCAUAUUUGAGCAUAUGUACAUGAAUCUUUUGAGAGCUAUUACAUGUAUCUCCAAUGCUGAAUUGUUGAAGUUGCUUAUUUGCUGAAACUUUUCAAUUACUUCGUUAUUUCAUUAACAAUGUAUUUUUGAGGUCUGAGUGCACAGAUAUUGAAAGAUGUUGGAAAGUGACAUAUAUUAUGUUGCAUUUUCCUUUUGAAACUUGCCAAGGAAGCAAAGUUUUGAAAUUUGUUAAAUAAGCAUUGAAGAAAUGCCUUUUAUUUUAUUUAGAGUAAUUAUAUGUAUGUUGAAGAUUUUGUGAACUGUAUCUUUUGAGGAAAUGAUUUUUUUUCUAAAAUUUAGAAGGAUUUUUUGUUUUGUUACAUGAAGUACAAUGUAUUCUUUGAUGAAAUCAAGUUGAUAAAUAAUAUUAUAAUAGGUGGCCAGAUAAAAAUAGUUCUCCAUCCUUUCAAGAAAAAAAGUCUUGUUAAAAAAACAAGAAUUUUGUUUCUCCAAAAGUGAAGAACCUGCAUAUGCAGUCCUGUGUUAUGUAUAAACAGCAUGUGUUGGAGUUUGUUACCCACGUCAGGUAUAUGCAGAGAAAUAGUACUGAUGGUCGCAAGGCCCCAAACAUGAAAAGAACAGGGAGUUAAACAUUAUACAUGUUAACCUCAUUCUUGAUGUCCAUAAAAAGAAGUUACUGUAUUUUAUUUCCAGAUGGCUGAAUACAUUUCCUUUAAUCCAAUAUUUCCUUUAAUGCAGUAUUUUUCAAAAUAUUCAUAUUUACGCUAAAAUGGGGAUGCCUCUUACAUCUUAUUGAACACUCUUUUCUUAAAUGGAGUUGGCUAUUGUUCUGCUUUGUCAAAUAGAGAACAAGUGAAAUAUUCCACAUAUUUCCAGUUCCAGUUCUUCUCCAGUGAAAAAUACCACACAAUGAGGGUCAUUCUCCUCGGGAGAUUUUCUAGAAACUUUUAUCAAGGAAACUUUUAUCAAGGAGUUGUCAAAUUCUUUGAAGAAGUAAAUAAUUCCUUAUAUUUCUGUGUCUCCCCUAAUGAUUCUUUAAUGAUUGGUCUUUUUCCCUUCGAUGGUAUCUUUUGGUACUCUUUGCCAAACUGCUCUCAUGGAUGAGUUGGCCACAUAAAAAUGUCACUUGCAUUAAGUGAAAUAUUCCACUUAUUCUUUGAUGUCCUCUUGUUGCAUUGUCAGUGACAACAUUUCCAAGUUCCCAGCAGAUACUGGUACAUUUUUAUGCCUCGCCAUGAAUAUGCCAUGAAUAUGGCUAGGGUAUAUAGUGUUUGUCAUGUCUGUCCUUUUGUCUGUCCUUCCAUCACACUUUGCGUUUAGCUUAGUUACAAAGAAACUAUUCAAGAUAUUUAAUUAAACUUCAUAUGCUGAUAAACACUGAUGAGGGCUAUUCAACUGCAUUAGCAUUUUUUGACCUUUCCUUUGACCUUGACCUCACUUUUCUUAAGUUAGUGUAUAGCUCAGGCUCAAACAUUUUUACCAAACCUUACUUGCUGAUACAUACUGAGGCCUGUUCAACAGAGUGAGCAUUCAUGAGUGCUUGCUUAAAUUCCUUAUCCCUCUAACAGAAAUGUUCGUGUGUACUCGCAAACAUUGCUCUGUUGAACAGGCCUCUAGUGAGAACUAUUCAAUUUUCAACAUUUUAUUACCUUGACUUCACUUUUCUUAAAUUUUUGUUAAGCUUAGUUUCAAAGAAACUAUUCAAGAUAUUUUUUUUAUCAAACUUCAUAUGCUGAUACAUAUUGAUGAGAGCUAUUUAACUUCAUAAACAUUUUAUUUUUUUGACCUGGACUUUUCCUUUGACCUUACUUUAUUUGAAUUAGUGAUAUCUCAAUUUCA